UUCCAGCCAGCACCAUGACUGAUGAUGAACUCUCUGCCUUGGUGGUAGAUAAUGGUUCGGGGAUGUGCAAAGCAGGCUUUGGUGGCGACGAUGCUCCCCGAGCUGUGUUCCCGUCCAUGGUGGGGCGACCCCGGCACCAAGGGGUCAUGGUUGGCAUGGGCCAGAAGGACUGCUAUGUGGGGGAUGAGGCCCAGAGCAAGAGAGGCAUCCUGACCUUGAAGUAUCCCAUUGAGCAUGGAGUGGUCACCAACUGGGAUGAUAUGGAGAAGAUCUGGCAUCACACUUUCUACAAUGAGCUCCGUGUAGCCCCAGAUGAGCACCCCAUCCUCCUCACCGAAGCACCUCUCAACCCCAAGAUCAACCGGGAGAAGAUGACGCAGAUCAUGUUUGAGGCCUUCAACACACCGGCCAUGUAUGUGGCUAUCCAAGCUGUACUGUCCCUCUACGCCUCAGGCCGGACCACAGGCAUUGUGAUGGAUUCUGGAGAUGGGGUCACUCAUACUGUCCCCAUUUAUGAGGGUUAUGCUCUGCCCCAUGCCAUUCUGCGUCUGGAUCUGGCCGGCAGGGACCUAACAGAUUACCUCAUGAAGAUCCUGACAGAGCGAGGCUAUAAUUUCACCACCACAGCUGAGCGCGAGAUCGUACGUGAUGUCAAGGAGAAGCUGUGCUAUGUGGCCCUGGACUUUGAGCAGGAGAUGGUCACUGCAGCUGCCUCCUCCUCCCUGGAAAGAAGUUACGAGCUUCCUGAUGGGCAGGUGAUCACCAUUGGGAAUGAACGUUUUCGGUGCCCAGAAGCCAUUUUCCAACCUUCCUUUCUGGGCAUUGAGUCCAGCGGGAUCCACGAGACGACUUUCAACUCCAUCAUGAAGUGUGAUGUGGACAUUCGCAAGGACCUCUAUGCCAAUACCGUGCUGUCCGGAGGCAGCACCAUGUACCCUGGCAUCGCAGACCGGAUGCAGAAGGAGAUUGUCAUCCUGGCCCCUAGCACCAUGAAAAUCAAGAUCAUUGCUCCUCCAGAGCGGAAGUAUUCCGUGUGGAUUGGGGGCUCCAUCCUGGCCAGCCUGUCCACAUUCCAGCAAAUGUGGAUCAGUAAGCAGGAAUAUGACGAGGCGGGACCUCCCAUCGUUCACAGGAAAUGUUUCUGAACGGCUGCGCACGUUAAUGGAUUUUUCAUUUUGCCUUUCUGCUCUUCUAGGUCAUGGUGAUGAAACUGCUUUUCAAUCCACUUUCACCAGCGGUAAGGUGAAUAGUUCAUUCGUCCUAGUGUCAAAGCGAG